AUGGGCUUCUUCUUGGGGCAUUGGUCUUCCCUGGAGAUCUUCUACAGAUCCACCACCCUGCCCCAGCUGAUGGCCAGCUUCAUGACCGGGGACAGCAGCACCUCUGCUCAUCAUGGUGUUAGUGUUUUUUCCUGCACCUUUUGCAGGUACAGAGUGUUUACUGCUGGUGACUACAUCCUACGAUCAGUACUGGGCUGCGUGACACGCCCUGCUCUCUGCAGGACUCAGGAACUGCCAGGUCUGUCUCCUUUGCUAGGGGGAUUUCUGUCACCUACAGUAAUCAUUUCAGUCAUGUCCCAGAUACGGUUUUGUGGCCCCAGUGGAGUGGACCACUUCUUCUGUGAUUUCACCCCAUUGCUGGAGCUUUCACACACUGGCACUGUGACACUCAUGCUCUUUGCUGUCAUGACCUGCUUUUUAGAUCCCACCCUCCCCUUCCUGUUCACAUGGUCAUCCCGUGUGCAUCAGAGCUGCCACCCUGAGGAACGUCUCCAAUUGGGCGCAGGCAGGCAGAAAGACUUCUCCACCUGCUUCUCCCGCCUCACUAGUGCCACUCUUUUCUACAACACCCUCAUCCUUGACUGUGUGAUGCCCAGAAUAGCCCUCCUGAGAUAG